GGGAGGAGAUGCCAUGACCUUCACCUUCACAGUCCUGCUCUGUCUGGGACUGACCCUUGACCUCAGGACCCCAGUGCUGGCAGGGAACCUCCCUACGCCUGUCCUCAGAGCACAGCCAGACUCUGUGGUCUCCAAGUACACUGAGGUAACUUUCCUGUGUGAGGGAACCACAGGAGCCAAAAAAUACAGUCUCUAUAAAGAUGGACAUCCAUAUACACCGGCCACACAAAUUCUACUGGAGUCUGGGAAGAAGGCUGAAUUCCGCAUGUCAUACGUUAACGAGAACCAUGCAGGGACAUAUAGCUGUUACUAUUCUGUUACCUAUUAUAGGUGGUCAGAAGCCAGCAACACCUUGGAGCUGGUGGUGACAGGAGCAUCCAGGAAACCCAGCCUGUCAGCCCAGCCUAGCCCUGAGGUGACUUCAGGAGGGAAUGUCACCCUCCAGUGUGUCUCAGGGCAGGAAUAUGACAUUUUUAUUCUGAUUAAGCAAGGACCACAGAAGCUCUCAUGGAGGCAGAACUCACAGUAUAACUACUCUAUUCAGAAUUACCAAGCCCUGUUCCCUGUGGGGCCGGUGAACUCCAGCCAGAGGUGGAUAUUCAGAUGCUACAGAUAUGACAACUACAGACCACAACUGUGGUCAGAUCCUAGUGACGCCCUGGAGCUCCUGGUCUCAGGGAACCUCCACAAACCCAUCCUCAAGGCUGAGCCAGGCUCUGUGAUGGCUUUCAGGAGUUCCAUGACCAUCUGGUGUCAGGGUACUCUGGGGGCAGAAAUAUAUGUUCUGCAUAAAGAUGGGAACCCAAAACCCUGGAACAUACAGACCCCAGAGGAACCUGGGAACAAGGCCAAGUUCUUCAUCCCUUCUUUGAGAGAGGAACAUGCAGGGCAAUAUCGCUGUUACUGUUACAGCAAGGCUGGCUGGUCAGAGCACAGUGACACCCUGGAACUGGUGGUGACAGGAAUCUACAUCAGUAAACCCAGCCUGUCAGCCCAGCCCAGCCCUGUGGUGACCUUGGGAGGGAACAUGACUCUCCAGUGUGUCUCAUGGAAUAGAUACGACAAGCUCAUUCUCACCAGGGAAGAUCAGCAGCUCCCCAGCUCCCUGGACACACAGCAUAUACCCUCGACCUCACAGCACCAAGCCCUCUUCUCUAUGGAACACAUGACCCCAAACCACACAGGGACAUUCCGAUGUUACGGUUACUACAAGGACACCCCACAGUUGUGGUCAGAGCCCAGUGAGCCCCUGGAAAUACACAUCUCAGGCCUGUCCAAGAAGCCCUCUCUGCUGACUCAGCAAGGCUAUAUCCUGCACCCUGGAAGGAGCCUCACACUGCAGUGUUCCUCUGACAUCAGCUAUGACAGAUUUGCUCUGUACAAGGUGGGGGAAGCUGACUUCACCCAGCACUGUAGCCAGCGGACUCAGGCUGGCCUCUUCUUGGCCAACUUCACACGAGACUAUGUGAGACAAGACAUGGGAGGCCAGUACAGAUGCUAUGGUGCACACAACCUCUCCUCCGAAUGGUCAGCCUCUAGUGACCCCCUGGACAUCCUAAUCACAGGGUAUCUCCGUGUCACUCCUUCCCUCUCAGUGAAGCCCAACUCCACAGUGCUCUCAGGAGAGAACGUGACCCUGCUGUGUCAGUCAAUGUACAGUGUGGACACUUUCAUUCUGUCCAAGGAGGGAUCAGCCCACCCACCUUUGCGACUAAGAUCAAAGUCCCAAGAAUACCAGUGGCAUGCAGAAUUCUCCAUGACUGCAGUGACCUACACCGACACAGGAACCUACAGGUGCUAUGGUUCUCAAGACUCAGCUCCCCACCUGUUGUCAGAGGCCAGUGCCCCUGUGGAGCUCACAGUCUCAGGACCCAUUGGUGCCUCCAGCCCACCUCCCUCAAGGCCCAUGCCAGGAGCUGCCUCAGAGAACCAGGAUCACACAACGGGGAAUUUCAUCAGGAUAGGACUUGCUGUCAUUGUCCUCAUAGUCCUUGGAAUUCUGGUCUUUGAAGCUUGGGGCAGCCAGAGUUGGACCCACCAUGGAGCUGAAAGAUAUUCUGAGGAGCAAGAAUUGCAUCUUUCAAGGUUGAAAAGUCUGGGAAAUAAAUCUGAUGAUCCAAAGCUUUCUGUGUAAAAGAAAACAAAAAUCCAGUUCUUAUUUAUAUUGAGGAACACUUGAGAAAGAAAGUCCAGGGAGAAGAUGUGUUUUGUGUGCAGA